AUGCCUUUUUAUCCAUCAGAGCGAGCUGAUCUUGAAGCGCUUCGAAAAGAAUAUGGAGGAACUUACCUUCCUCUCGCCGAAGAGGAGCUCGAUUUUUUCCGACAAACCGAGAGAGUUGGUCAGCUUCACAACAGGCUAAUCAUACCUCCUCCGAAACCUGGGCGAAUCGUUGAAACUGCUCAUUUGAGAUUACUCUUAAAUAAAAAUUUUGAUUUGAACAGCCUCAUCGAAGACAUCUUCGAUGUGAUUUCUCCAGUAUUUCGAAUCAAAAUUGAUUUCGGUUUUCUCAUGGAAAAUAUUUUGACUGAAGAUCCAGAUUCCCGCUACCGAUUUCACUGGCCUCAAAUAUCAACUGGACUUCCGAUCGAGCCACACUUGAUUAAAGACAAAUUUUCCAAGAAAGCCUUUCUUGAAAAUAUUCCAAGCUGGUCCGAAAUUCCUCAAAUGGUCGAGAUCGAGCACGAGAAUCAAUCAAGCUUCAGAAAGAGCGGGUUCAAUCUGACUAAACUUCUCACCUGCAGCGUCUACGUUACAAAGAUGAAAUGA